AGAGCAAUGCUGCGCUUCGCUUCUGGGCUGGUGAGACGCCGGCUCCCCGGCGUGCGCUUCGAUGGCGGUGGCGCGAUCGGCGGAGAGAUUGUUCUACGGAGUAGUUCGUCCUGGGAGGCGGCUGCGACAUCGGCGUCGAGCCCGAGUUUGUCGAUAUGGCGGCGAAAGAAGGAGAUGGGAAAGGAGGGGUUGUUCGUCGUGCACGAGCUGAAGCGGCUCGGGUCCGGCCCCCGUCUUGAGAGAUUCAUGCAGUCUCAUGUCUCCCGUCUCCUCAGGACUGACCUCCUCGCCGUCCUUGCUGAGUUCCAGCGCCAGGAUCUCGUCUUCCUCUCUCUCAAGAUAUAUGAUGCAGUGCGGAAAGAGAUUUGGUACCGUCCAGACAUGUAUUUUUACCGAGACAUGUUAAUGAUGCUCGCGAGGAACAAAAAGGAGGAAGAAGCAAGACAAGUAUGGGCAGACUUGAGGGGCGAGGAAGUACGAUUUGACCAGCAUACUUAUGGCGACAUCGUUCGCGCAUUCUCCGAUGGUGGAUUGCCUUCACUAGCAAUGGAAUUCUAUGAGGAGAUGAGAAGCUCUCCUGACCCACCUCUCUCACUCCCCUUCAGGGUUAUCUUAAAGGGUCUGAUACCAUAUCCUGAAUUGAGGGAAAAGAUCAAGGAUGACUUCUUGGAGUUGUUUCCUGAUAUGAUUGUAUAUGAUCCUCCUGAGGACUUGUUUGAUGAACAUAAAUGAAACAUUACUUAUAAUUAGAAUGACACUUUGUAUUUCUCA